AGCAGCAGUGACGUUUUCGUAAAUAGCGAUUCGCUUCGCCUAGAAUACAGUUUUGUGUGGUCGUCGUCGCUUCACACUUCACAAAACGAAAAACCAGCCGGAUUGUCCGCGGUCAAAGUUCGCUUUAGUUUUGCGUGAUUUCAUCGUUUCGCUGGCAAAAAUGAACCGCCUGUGACCAGUGGUCGUGCGAUAUAAAAUCGAUAACGAUCAAUCGGACGCGAAAGUCAACGAUCAGCAGCUAUGUCGAGUCUUCCGGCGAAGGCCCUUCUGUGGCUCACUCAUAUGCUGUUCAGUAUCGUAACCCAACUGAUAAACACCGUCCGGUGGUUGAAACGGCACGCGCUUAAACGGUACACUCGAAACCAUCUCAGCCAUAAACAGGAAAGUGAUGUAAUUCAGCGAACAGUGCAGAGCUUGGAGAAGGUUCCUCGGCACCUGGCGGUGAUACUAGGUCCAGAGUGUCCUGAUUACUCUCAACUGGUCCGAUUCAUCCCCUGGUGUCUAUCGGCCAAGAUUGAGUUCGUUAGUUUUUACGACCAAAAAGGUCUGCUUAAAGCGAACUUCCAUCGGAUGAUGGAACACGUACAGCAACAACUGCGUGACCAGAACGAUCAAAUCGUUUGGACUCCUCAGCUAAAAUCCACCGGUGCGCUGUUACCACCGCGGAACGGUUACCGACGACGGAUCGUGGUCAAUUUCUUUUCCCAUGAGGACGGCCGAAAGCAGCUGGUUACUGCGGCACGCUCCAUCAGUACCGAGCUGCGGAAUGGCACUUUAUCCAAACCGUCUGAGAUUACCGUGGAACUAGUCGAUCAAACGAUGCAGAACCUGGUGCACCAGGUACCCGAUCCGGAGCUAGCCGUUUACUUCGGGACCGUUUGCUGCACCUACGGUAUGCUACCGUGGCAGAUCCGGCUGACUGAGUUCGUUUCACUGCAAGCGCCUAGCUUAGCGGAACUGGGCGUUGAACAUUUCAUCAAUUCCCUCUACAAGUACGCCAAAUGUGAGCAGCGCUUUGGCAAGUGAGUUGGCAGGAGACUUUUAGGAUGUUUAACCGCGAUUCUCCAGGAGAGAGUGCUUCAGUGUGUGUGUACAUAUAUAUUACUCGUCGGGGCGCCCAACGAAUGGCAUCUUACUAGGGAAUCAUUAGUCAUGUAGUCACCUAGCAUUUAAUUAUUACCAUUUACGAAUGAAUGUUCCUUUUUCAUUUCGAUGAAACACGUGUGUGUACAUUUAGCGUACAUCCGUGCAACAGGAAAUCGUUAUCAAUCAUCUACUUAUAGCAACAAUUUUCUUAGCAGUGGGUUUAAGAGAGAUCGUGCUUGGGCGGUCGUUUUCGUUAGGGCUGAAAAGCGUACGGUGUGUAAUACUGUUUGAAAUACAGAUAUCUGUUAAUUGUACAA